UUUGAAUAGAGAAGAAGAAGAAGUAGGUAAUUCUAGCCUAGGGUAUACCUGGGCGUAGGCAUAGUUUUCAAGCUGCAGUGUGAAAAUAGCCUAUCUAGGCCUACAACCAGUCACAAGUCAUGUUUUACUCACACAAUAUCUUGCAAAAAAGAGGAGGGAGAUUUGGAAUAAUCUGGAUUGCUGCAACAAAAGCAUCAACUCUUACCAAGCGGGAGUAUGUCUCAGUCAAAAUCAUUGACACCUGUCAAGAUAUAGUGGAUUACAUCAUGCUAAGAGCAGAACCGCUAUCUUCUGGAAACCCUCAACCCCGUCUUUCCCUAUACCUAUCCUCACAGCUCAUGUGUGGCGUAGUGAGGGUUUAUAAGAAACAGUGUGAAUAUCUUACAAGUGAAUUGAUAAAUUUUCAUACCAAGGUGAGGUCUGGAAGAUUUAAUAUUGACCUUUCAGCCGAGAUAGAUCUACCACCACUACCAAAGAGCAUUAAGGAUCGACAUGCUCUACCAGAAGGAAGAAUGUCUGACCCCGAAUUUGGGACUGUGCGACUUUCUCCACUUAGAGCACAGCCUUACAUAAUACCAGAAGAGGAUGUGAUGAUGAUUAGUCCACCAGCUGUUUCAACUGACACGAGUGGAGCUUAUAGUCCUGUUCCAAGCAAAAACCUUAUGAUGGAUGUUCCUCACCUGGCCCCUAGUCCUGAGUCCAUCCAGCUGAGAGAGAGUCAGUCACCAGUGCAGACUAUCCAGAUUCCAGGGGGUGAAGUAGAUUUGCCAGCAUUUGAUCCAGGCUUCGAGGAAGCCCUGGCUAAGAUACAAGCUAGCUUAGAUUCAUAUCAAACAGCUCCAAUGCCAGUUGAUGAUCAAGCUACAAUUCAAGAAUAUGAGAAAGAAGACGAGGGUCUGUGGCUGAUUCAAGAAGAGACUGGCCAACUGGUACUGUCUCCUGUUCAUCGAGAGAAAACCCAGAGAACACCCAAAGACAAACCUGAGCCUCUGGAUUUGAGAUCACCGGAACUGAUACUUCCUCCAGAUAUGACAUUGUCUCCCCAUCUUCCUACUAUAGAGGAGUUGACCUCUUCAUCUGCUGAUGAAAUACCUCUGGCUGAAAUUGCUGCUAGAGGACCACCACAGGAUGUUGCAGCCCCUCAACCUGAUAUUUCUCCUAGACCACUACUACAGGACAUUGCCACUGAGACUGACAUAGUGCCACCACAAGAAGCUCCACCCCAGGCUGACAUUUCCCCUAGAAUGCCACCACAAGAAGUUACAUCUCAGGCUGAGACUUCGCCCCGAGUGCCACAGCAAGAAGUAAUAUCUCAGGCAGACAUUUCCCCUGGAGUGCCACCACAAGAAGUAAUAUCGCAGGUAGACAUUUCUCCCAGAGUGUCACCACGAGAAGUAAUAUCUCAGGCAGACAUUUCCCCCAGAGUGCCACCACAAGAAGUUACUUCUCAGGCUGACAUUUCUCCUAGAGUGCCACCAGAAGAAGUAAUAUCGCAGGUAGACAUUUCUCCCAGAGUGCCACCACAAGAAGUAAUAUCUCAGGCAGACAUUUCCCCUGGAGUGCCACCACAAGAAAUAAUAUCGCAGGUAGACAUUUCUCCCAGAGUGCCACCACAAGAAGUAAUAUCUCAGGCAGACAUUUCUCCCAGAGUGCCACCACAAGAAGUAAUAUCUCAGGCAGACAUUUCCCCUAGAGUGCCACCAGAAGAAAUUAUAUCGCAGGUUGACAUUUCUCCCAGAGUGCCACCACAAGAAGUAAUAUCUCAGGCAGACAUUUCCCCUAGAGUGCCACAACAAGAAGUAAUAUCUCAGGCAGACAUUUCCCCUAGAGUGCCGCCAGAAGAGGUUACACCCCAGAUUGGCAAGAUAAUUAUUCCCCGUUUGGAACUUACUCCCAUUGAGGUAAGUCCUCCUGUUCGAAGACGAGGAAAGAAGCGACGUCUAUUGUUUGCCGAUGAGGAUAUACAGCUCCGUAAGGAAGUUAUCAGACAGAAUCUGGCAACAUCAAAUCAGCUUUGCAAAACCAGUGAUAUAAUACCAACAAAAUCAUACCCAAGUGCUACAGAGCUGUUUAAGCUUCCUACCAGAGUUGGUAUCAGAAAGAGUGAACCAUUAAUGGAUGUAUGGAGAAAGCAUGCCAUACCAUGUGACUAUGAAAGUCCAACCGAGCCUGACCACCCAAUUUGGAGUAUCUACUACUUGCGGGAUGCUGUGUCAUCUGCAGAUGACGCUAAGUCACCAGACAUCAACAGAGAGGUUGUAUCAGAAUUGUCAGAGAUGGAAGGCUUGAGAGAUGCAGCUCAAGACAGUUUAACAAGUAGAGGGGUAAAAUUUGAUGUGACUCCUGCCAAUCUACUUUCAGAGAUAAGUCGUCUGUCUGAGCAUUCUCGAGAUAGUAUACAGCUUGAAGCCAAGUCAGAGAGAAAUGGACGACGUCUGACUACCGAGAGUAUAGAUGAGGUACCAAUUGAACUUGAAAUGUUGGAGCAGCUGGUUGAGGUUGAUCCAAUUAAAGAGGAGGUUAUAAAUGUUUCAGACGAGUACUCAGUAAGAGAGGGGAUUGAAGGGGAAGUGACUUCAGAUGACCAUGCAGAGGAAGGGAAAGGUGAUAGACAACCAUUGAGUGUUUCACAAGAAACUGUCCUCAGGGAAAUUAGUAAUCUUACAUCAGAUGGACCUACAACAUUUGAUGAGCUGUGCCCCCCAGGAACUUACAAACAGGUUGCUGUUAAGGUGUUCACAGUAUGUAUUGAGCUUAUUGUACUAGGUAUUAUCAAAAUGUCCCAGAAGAAAUUCUAUGGUAGAAUCCUUAUUGAACGAGGGCCAACAUUCUAGAGGGCAUUGAAUGCAGUAACAGCAUCUAAAAUAUAUCAUCAAACAAUUGUAUUUUCUUAUGCAUUCUAAGGAGCAAAUGAUAUGUCAUUAUUGGUUGAAUCACAAGUAUAUCAUUAUGUGUUAAAUUGUCUUAUGUGCCUUCUGCUAUUAUGUGUAUGUCUACAUAGAGAUAUAACACCAGUAUUAACACUUGUAUUUUAUGUAAAUAACAUCACCACUUUAGAUUUAGACCUAGAAGGGUAAACAAUUUUGGAGUUACAGGUUUGAUUGUUUCAACAUUAUUCAGAAAUUAUAUUAAAGAAGAGACAGAAAAUUACAGAUAUAGUAAAAAUACAGAACCUGAAAGUAAAUUCAAAUAAAAUGCAUUUUAUAGAGCAAGAGAAAUAAUGCCAAAGUGUACUCAUGAUUCUAUGGUCUUAUUCCUAUUGGGAAUUAGAAUUAUACAAAAGCGUUGAUUAAAAAUGUAAUUAAGAUAUUACAAAACAUGCCACACGAAAAAUGACUAUAUUAUUUAUGAACUAUUUGUACAAGUUAUAAGUUGAGAGGGGAUCCAUCCAGUUGGUUUUAUUUUUAUCAUGUACAAUUUAAAGUAGGUUUGAUGGUGACUAGGUUUGCGAGACUACACACAUGCUAGUUUGUUCUUGUGGUUUAUUCCCCAAAAUGUUUACAUUUGUUUAUAUGUAGGUCUGGUGUUAUAUCUUAGCACCCAGUUUAUACACCUUGUUUGGGGUAUGCUUUUUUUACUGCUGGUUUUAUAUACCACCUGGUGUCGUUCAGGUAUGUUUUAAAUGCACCUGGUUUUAUACACUUCAUGGUCUUAGGUAGGCUUUUUGUACACUUUUAAUACAUGCAUGCUUUAUAUGCUUUCUUCCAUGUAAGUUUGUUCUUAUACACCUGGUGUUUAG